AUGCGCAACCACCGCCGCCAGGGCGAGCUGGACUGGCUGCUGGCGCUGCUGACGCGCCUCAAGGAGGGGCGCCACCUGGCGGUCGCGCGCGCCGACAGGGGCCCGGCGCAGCGCGUCGCUGACAUGGCGGCCGACAAGGGCACGCGGGUGUCCCGCCGCUGCAGCGCGCUGCGCGGCGCGUCCGCGGCGCUGACGGAGGGCGCGGCGGCGCUCGCGGCGGCGGGCGCGCAGGAGGACGCAUUCUAUGGGCAGCUGGCGCGGCUGCAGCGCUUCUGGCUGCUCCGCAUGCCGCCGGCGGACACGCCCUACUCCUUUUUGGUCAGCCUCGGCCUGGGCAGGGACGGCACCCCGACCCCCACAUCCCAGCCCGCCGCCGCCGCCCCGGCCGCGGCCGCGGCUGCCUCCGCGAAUGCGCCGGGCGCGCCCGCGGCGGCGGCGGCGGGCGUGGACGAGGAGGAGGAGGGGGAGGGGGUGGUGCCGCUGCUCAAGGACCCGAACGGGCGUGUGCGCGUCCAGGUCAGCGCGCCGCGGCGGCGGGACGAGGCGCCGAGCGUCGCGGCCAAGAGGCGGGCAGGGCCGCCUGCGGUUUACGCGGGCGCCCCCGCCGUGCAUGCGCUACUGCUGCGCCGGCAGCAGCGGCUGAUGUGGCGCACGGCCCUGGAGCUGCUGGAGUCUGAGCUGUCAAGCCUUGUGUCCGGCCGCCUGCAAGUUGCGCUUCAAGCAGCGGCCGGCGGCAGCG